AUGCAAAAUCAGAUAAAUUUCUUCAAGGAAAAACAGAAAUCUUUCUACGAAGACUAUUUUAGAAGGUACCGCAUCCCUACUAGCUAGCUUAUUUAUGCAUAGUUUCAUCCAACUAUGAAUUAAAUGGAACAAAAUUUGAGCAUGAGUGAAGAUAAUUAUUCAAAAAGUGAUCUUAAUAACUAAAAGGUCGAUAACAAGAUAUAUUUAAUAACAUUAGAAAAGCAGAAUAUUCCACAAGGAAUGCAAGUCAGUGAAUUAAGUACUGACCCAGAACAAAUCAAGCAUGAAGAUUUCUAUCAAAACAAACCAGGUACUACAACAAAUAAAAGAGGGAUCAGUAGUAAUGCCUAAUCUCAGGCUGUUGAAGAAAAGAUAAACAAGAAAUAUAAUAUAAAUGAAUCUUACAUCAUAUUUGAGGAGGAUGAAGCCAAAUAGGGUGAUGAGCAAGAUGGAGGUUCGAAAAUUUUUCUUAGAAGUGCAGUAAUAAGUGCUCAUAAGACUUUGAAAGAUGAUUAUCACAAGAUAUUUUUUAAGCAUGUGGACUUUGAGAAAUUAAAAGAUUAAGAAUAGGUGCCCGUUUAAUACAUUUCAAACAUAGGGAAAUCUAUGCUAUAGAAUUUAAGUAAAGAGGUGAUGCUUCAUCAGAAUUCAUAGAUAUUAGGUGCAUCUACUAUAAGAUUUGUCCAUGAGCAGUCAAUGAUUGAAAGAUUUAAUCAUCCUUUGUUCGAAUAAACCUAAGAUAUGUUUGAAAUCCAUAGAGUAGUUGGAGAUGAUGAAGUAUCAGUUUAUACUUUCUCAAUGAUAGCGUUUGACAAUAAAUUUCAGAAUAGGAAAGUCAUCUAUCAGUAAUAAUUGACUUUCCAAGAGAAAAGAACAAUUUUUAAAAACAAAUUUGAGUUUUCUUAAGAUAUGAAAAGCAUCUUUUUUGUUACUGUGAAUGAUGAUGGACUACUAGCAGAAAUUAUAAUACUAAAUUCUAAGACACUAGAAUAAACUAGCUUUGACACGAUAAACUUAAGUCAGCUUAAAUUUGACGAUACCUUGAAGACCAGAGAAAAAGUAUCUUUAUUAGAGACAAGAAAGUAGUAUUCUAAAUAGAUCACAAGAAAUUUUUCAAAAAAGAUCAUUCAAGUACAAAGUAAUGAAUUUAUGGAAAAUAAUGGUCAUGUCUCAGUCAUGAUAACUCUUGCAGUUUUAAACUAAAAUAUCUAAUCAAAGAAUCAUAUAAAGUUGUAUUAAUACUUGCUCUCAGAUUUGAUUAAUCAUUAUUUGAACAAUGCGAGUAUGAACCCUAAGCUUUAUCUGCAAUUAAAAGCUAGUAUCAAUCUCUAAAAAAGACCAAUUUGUACAAAUACGUUCAAUAUCUUUGCAAAUGAGGGACAAAAUGAGUUGUAUGUCAGCGUAAAAAAUGAAAAUAGAAAAAGAACUGAUUUUGAAAUGGAAGGAAUAAUACUUACAAGAAUAUAAUUAGAAAGUUUUCAGAAUACCGUGGAUAAAUUUGAGUCAAUUUCUUUAGAAAAUUAAUUGAUACUUAAUAAAUCUCAAAAGCUACUUGGAGGCUCUCGCUUUCUUAUGUUUGAUUAGGACUAGAAUUAUGUUUUUGUUCAAGAAUUUGAAGAUCUACAAAAGAAUCUUUAAAGGACCGAAGUUCAAACAGAACAGCAAUAAGAAGAAUAAGAAAAUGAGUUAACCCAAGGUAUUUUGCUGAAGGAUACUUAGCAUUAAAAUAUCGUUGAUGCACUUUAUGAUGAAACAGUUGAAUGUCUAAUAAUCAAAACUCAAUAUAUCGUCACAACACUCUCUUAUUUGCAAUUCAGAAAAAAGAUUCAAGUGUCGUAAUUUAAAGCAUACAUCUUCCAAACUAUUUCGAACUCUCAAACUUCGAUUAAAAAAACUUUUAGGAUUUAAAAAUUGGAAGUUAUAAUGUUUUUGAAACUUCUUUCAAUUAAUCGUCUAGACUACAACAAGCUUGUAUUGGAUAAUGCUGUUGAAAAUUUAAUGACAUUUUGUGAUAAUAUUAACUAAGAUUCAUAAAUUUCAAAGUAUUUAAUGUUCUCGUAAAAACUAGACAAAAAAACAGUGGGCAUAAACCUUGUGAAAUUUGAAUCUGAUGAUGAGGCAAACAUUUGCCACACUCUUGAGAUAAAAAAUUAAAUCAUAAAAAUGAAUGCUUUUGGUUCGUUUCUAUAUAUUUUAGAUGAUUAAGGUAUAAUCUUAACAUAUUAAAAUCAAGAGGAUUAACUUGUUAAAAUCAAAGAAGAUAAAAUAAUUGAGGAGUUUAAGAAUUCUUUAGAGUUAAUAAAUUAUGAUGAAUAAUAAAUUCUAAUAACCGAUAACACUGUUUUUAUUGGAUGCUUCUUCUACCAGCGAAUCGAAUCUAGUUAUCUCAAAGACCAAGAGAAUGACUUCGAAUCUCAAAGAUAAAAGAUAAUAGAUGAUACAUGUUUUAAAGAUUUCUAUGUUGGUCCAAAAUUAAGUUCAGGUAAAAAGAAACAAUACAAAAAAUUCUAUUUCAAUCAAAGCAGAAGCAAAGAGUAAGCUCAAUCAAGCAGAGAUCAGGAGGUUUGUUGA